AUGGUGGAGAGGGAGAGGAAGACGAAGAUCGAUGGUGAUACUAUGGUGGCGGUGGAGGAAUCAACAGGGAACGACUUCACAAUCGAAAUCAGAAUCGGGAACCAACCCUCCAGGGUUCUCGAGUUAGCUGGAAAUGCAGCAAGGGACAAUAAGAAAACUAGAAUCGUCCCAAGGCACAUCCAAUUAGUUGUUAGGAACGACGAAGAAUUAAGAAAGCUUCUUGGUGACAUCACCAUUGCUAAUGGCGGUGUUAUGCCUAACAUUCACUACCUUUUGCUUCCUCAGAAGGUAUUUGUUUACUCGUUAGUUGAAGAUCUAAAAUCAAAGGAAAUAAAUUUCCUUCUAGGAAGAAUGAGAAUGAAGGUUCUUUCAUGA